AUGCCGUUCGUCAAGCAAGUCAAGUCCAGCUCCUACUUCUCCCGUUACCAGGUCAAGUACCGUCGUCGACGAGAGGGUCGUACCGACUACUACGCCCGCAAGCGUCUCGUUUCGCAGGCCAAGAACAAGUACAACGCUCCCAAGUACCGUCUCGUUGUGCGAUUCUCCAACCGCUACGUCACCUGCCAGAUCGUCCACGCCAAGAUCGUCGGUGACUUUGUCCUCACCCAGGCUUCCUCCAAGGAGCUCCCCCGCUACGGUGUCAAGACUGGUCUUGCCAACUGGACCGCUGCUUACGCCACUGGUCUCCUCGUCGCCCGUCGUGCUCUCGCCAUCCUCGGUCUCGAUGAGAAGUACGAGGGUGUUACCGAACCCGAUGGUGAGAUGACCGAAGUCGAGCCUCUCGGUGACGACGAACCCCGCCCCUUCAAGUGCUUCCUCGACGUCGGUCUCAAGCGCACCUCGACCGGUUCCCGUGUCUUCGGUGCCCUCAAGGGUGCCUCUGACGGAGGAAUCUUCAUCCCCCACUCCGAAAAGCGUUUCCCCGGUUACGACCCCGAAGCCAAGGAACUCGACGCCGACCUCCUCAAGUCCUACAUCUUCGGUGGCCACGUCGCCGAAUACAUGGAGUCCCUCGAAGAGGAAGACGACGAGCGAUUCAAGAAGCAAUUCUCCACCGCUCUCGAACAGGAGAUCGGUUCGGAAGACCUCGAAGACAUGUGGACUGAGGCUUUCGAGAAGAUCCGCGAAGACCCUAGCUUCACCCCCUCGGACAAGUCUGGCAAGGACUGGGCUGCCGAGAGCAAGAAGUACAAGGCUACCAAGUUGACCUACCAGCAGAGGAAGAGCAAGAUCAACGAACAGAUCAGCGCUUUCAAGGCCGGUGCCGGUCUCUAA